AAAUUUUGUAAAUCGAUAAGAUUUCGCGUUUUAAAUACGUGCCUGAAAGUACCAACACUGUUACUCUGUACGAACUGCUGAAAAGAAUCACUUCGGUGCAAAAGUUUAUCAGAGUACUUUUGUGUUUAGUGUUUCAAGAGUUCUGAUUUUAUAAAACAGGACAUUCAACAUGAAAUUCAUCGUAUUAGCUGCGGUAUUCAGUAUCGCCCUAGUAUUUGCGGCAGCUGCUCCAGCUGAGGAAUCAUUUCAACAAACAGUAUCAAAGAGAGAAGAAGAAGCUCUUAAACAGUGCAAUGUCACCUAUCCAGCAGCUGAAAAUACACGAGUAAAAUUAGGAUUAAUGGUCAUUAAAGGAGAAACGGUUCCAAAGGACUUCAAUACAUCAGAUUGGUGCAAUCUGUACUGCAACCUAGAAAAACUUGGAUUUUUCGAUGCUCAAGGUAAAAUGCAAGUUCGCAAAAUUUUCAAAUUUACGCUGAAAUCGCUCCCGGAAAUUUCACCCAACAGCCACACACUCUUGGUUCACCUAUUCCAAAUUUACCGAUCGACCAAAGGUAUGGAAGAUAAAUGUAGCAAAGCUUUCGUAGCUUACCAUCGAUUUGCCGAAGCCGUUUUCGUAUCAUCUGUAGCUGUUGAUCUGAACGCACAAACCGAUGUCAGGGAAAAAAUCGUAGAAAGUGUGGUGACUGGCGAAGAAAUACCGCAAGAAUUCCAAAAAUACGUUGAAAAGUACUUGAAAAAUGUAGAUCUCUUCGUUAAACAAGUUGCCGAACAAAGUGCUGCCCCUGCUUCUGCUCCUGCCCCCGCCCAAGUCCCAUCCAGUUAAUGUAACAACCUAUCUGCUUCAUUUACAUUGUAAAAAAUUAAGUAAUACAAUCCGGUAAUUUUUUUAAAAACAAAUUUAAUUGUAGAAAAAAAUCCUUUUUAUUUUCAAAUAAGCAAUACUUCCUUGAUCUGAAUUUGCAAUAAACAUAAUUUUACAAGUAAA